AAACCUGGAGCCUAUCCCAGGGAGCAUGGGGCACCAGGCGGGUCACACCCUGGACAGGGUACACCCUGGACACCCAUUCAUACACUACGGACACUUUGGACAUGCCAAUCAGCCUACCAUGCAUGUCUUUGGACUAGGGGAGGAAACCGGAGUACCCGGAAUAAACCCCCGCAGCACGUGGAGAACGUGUAAACUCCACACACACAGGUGGGAAUUGAACCCCCAACCCUGGAGGUGUUCCGGCGUGUAGUUCCUGUGAAACUACACACUGUCAUUGAAUGGCAUGCAGAUAUAACCACCAACAGCCUUGAAGGGAACCACUGCUUUGGAUUUCUCCUUCAACAAAACGGACAGUAACUUCAUCAAAUCCUCAGUGACUACGUUUACAGGCACAUCAAUAUUCUGGUAUUAUUUGGAAUUCGGCAAUAUUCUAAUUAGUAUUGAGUCGUGUGUAAAAGGAGAUAGACGUGCACACCCAGUCCGCAAGGAAUUGUGGGUAUAACAGAUGCUUAGCUGUAGGCUAGGUAUUUAAUUUAAUAGAAUGGUAGCUCAGACGUACUUACAACAAGCAUGUAUACGUGAAUAUUCUAACGCCUGUACGCAUAUAAACGUCGUAUUCAGAAUACGGUCACGCAUUUUAACACGGAAUGAUCCUCUGACUUUUGCCAUUUUAUCAUAGUAUUAUUAUUCUAUAAAUAUUGCAACUUUUUUCUUGUCAUAUCAGAUAGUAUUGCUUUUUUUUCCUGGAUAAUGUAUUUAGACUUUUUUCCCCCUCAAAAUAUCACUUUAUUCUUGAAAUCUUUUUUUUCUUCUUCUUCUAAGCAGUGGUACUAAAACACCGUCAUGAAGGUUUCAUGUCUUCUAGUGUUGCUGAAACACAUUAAGGAUGACGUGUUAUCACAGAAGACAUCUCCACAGCCUCGACUCCUUUUUUCCGGGAUUGCGCGAGAUGACUCGUUCGAAUGUGGCGCACGCGCAAGUUUCUUCUGGUUAAUGCGACACAACCAGGAUUUUUUUUUUUUUUUUAACGCGUCAAAUAUUUUCGUUACACCGGAUAUAAGAAAAUGUCAAAAUUGUCAACUUUAAGACAACUAUAAAAACAGCUAAAAUCACGCUAUAUAUUUAUUAUCGUUAGCAGACAGUAAGCUACACGAUUUAUGUCUCCAAAAGACAGGAAAUAGCUACACGUCAUGAUGGAUUAAAAUAUGCCUUGAACGUUACGAAAAUGUUUAUCACUUCCGAAUGUUUACCCACCGGAAAUAGACGUGGCGAAUCGAACAGUUCCUGGUGUUUAUAGCGACGGUUGUGCAACUCCAAGAAUUUCUGAAUCGACUCUUUUGAUUCCCGGUGCUGGUCAUCGAUGGAGUCGAUUCCAAAAGUGGAUUUCACACUCAUUUUAUUUUCAAACUUAAUAAUGUCGGUGUCGCCGUGACUAAAUUAACCUUAUUUAAACGUCAACUCUUCAACCAGCGUGAAAUGCGAGAACUAAUGGACAUAAACUCGGUCUACAGUACAUUCACGAUAUGUUCUCAACUGCUUUCUCUCUUAUCCUUAAAAUACUUCAGCACUUGACGAUGUUUUUGCUAGAUUUUUAUUAUUAUUUUUUAAACAAACGUUAAUUUGUUUUAUUUAUCCACGUUAAAAUACAGCGAACGAGGCAGUUAACGUUACACCUGUGCUACGGCCAAAUCGGUUUCAUUGUGCGGAAUCGACUCCUUAAGCUUUGUUGUCGACGCUUCAUUCCCAGUGACUGGAAUCUGAGAGUCGACUCUAUUUGGGCUCGACUCCCAGCCCUAGCUUGAGGUGGUUGAGCUAUAUAGCGAGCACUACUGUUUCAUUUGUGUAUGGGUUGGACCUAUGAGUCAGUUACUGUCCCAGUUAAAGCGUUCUCGCAUCUUCUUCAUACUCUGUCUCGUUAACUGUCCCAUGCCGAUAUAGCAGACCGGAUAAAGCGGCUAGUUGGAGAUAUGCGCUUGUUUUUGGUGUGUUUUGGUGCGCUGCUGUUGUGUGUCGGAGCUUCUGCACACCGAGGAGCCUCGCAUUUAAUCACAGAUGAGAUCCCCUUCAAAAUCAACUGGCCCGGGGAACAUUUCACCUUGCCAGCCUCCGGGGCCCUUUAUGAAGAAGAUGACUUCCUUAUUAUGACCACGGCAGAAAAGGAGAAAUACAAGUGUUUAUUGCCUUCUUUGUCGAAGGGAGAUGAGGAUGAGGAGAAGGAGUAUACGGGACACAGCCCAGAUGUUCUACUUGCACCGUUGUUCAAACAGAGCAGCUGCUCAUACAGGAUUGAGUCUUACUGGUCCUAUGAGGUGUGCCAUGGUAAACAUGUGAGGCAAUAUCAUGAGGAAAAAGAGACUGGACAGAAAGUGAACAUACAGGAGUAUUACCUGGGGGCCAUGUCCAGCAAACACACUGAUUCUUCAGCAGAUUCAGAGCCUAGUAAAGCAGGCGAUGCUGCCAAUGAAAGACCAGACACCAACACUGAGGUGCCAAGUAAGAACAUAGAAGGCCAGCUGACCCCUUAUUUCCCGGUGGAGAUGGGGAAUGGGACCCCGUGUCUGUUAAAACAGAAUAUGCCUCGUUCUACCUCUGUGCUGUACGUGUGUCAUCCAGAGGCAAAACAUGAGAUUCUUUCCAUUGCUGAGGUGACAACCUGCGAGUAUGAGGUGGUGGUGCUCACACCACUGCUCUGUGCUCAUCCUAAAUAUAGGUAUAAGUCAUCGCCAGUGAAUGCCAUCUUUUGCCAGGCGCUGGCGGGUUCUCCACUUCGGCCCCACAGCCUCUCCCUACUGGACCAGCAGCAGGAGGAGCUACUUAGGCCACACUUCAGCCCUCCCACUGAGAGAGAGGAGGACACAUCACCUGUGCGGGAGGAGGCCUUUACCUCUACCCACAAACCCAUGGCAGUUGGUGGACAUACCCAGGUGACGGUGGGAACUACCCACAUAUCUCGCCUGACUGAUGAGCAGCUUAUAAAGGAAUUUCUGAGUGGCUCGUAUUGUCUGCAUGGGGGCGUGGGAUGGUGGAAAUAUGAAUUCUGCUAUGGAAAACAUGUUCAUCAGUAUCAUGAGGACAAAGAACAAGGGAAGAGUAUUGUAGUGGUGGGCAGUUGGAGUCAUGCUGAGCAUUUAGAGUGGUCCAAGAAGAACGUGGCACGCACCUACCAACUUAAAGAAGAGGGAAACCAAAAAGUCAAGUAUGACGUACUGGUAUCCCACUUCUAUGGCCAUGGGGAUGUGUGUGACCUCACAGGGAAGCCAAGACAGGUCAUUGUGAAGCUCAAGUGUAAGGAAUCUGAGUCUCCUCAUGCUGUUGUUGUGUAUCUCUUGGAACCCCAGACUUGCCAGUAUAUUCUUGGGGUUGAGUCUCCAGUUAUCUGUAAGGUCUUGGACACCGCCGAUGAGAAUGGCCUUCUCUCCCUCCCUAGCUAGAAAUCAGACAGGCUAGUGAGAUGUGCGUGAUUUAGAAAAGGAAGAAUAUUAUGGUUGGAGGGAAAUGUGUGUUUUUGAAGGAAAUUCCCAGGAAUUUCUCAUUAUCCCUUUAAGAACACUGAGAAUGUGCUCUAGACUGAGCUCUGGAUAAUGUUUGUCCGGGUGUGGUGUUGAAAGUAUGCUCAUUUUGGAAUUGGCAGUUAUGGAACUGUUUAAUUUCCUGAUCUGCUGGAGAAUAUCUCUCUUGUUUUUGUUUGUUUUUGUAAGCUUUUGGCACAUUUUAAUGACUUCUCAUGACUUUUUUUUUUUGUACAUUUUAUUUUUAAUUUAAUGCAAUAAUUUCUGCAGGGUUCUAUAUCGGGGUGUUUUAACGGUUUAUUUAUUUCUGUUAACUAUAUGCUUGCUGUUGCAAGCAUUAAAUUACAUUUUAAGUAAAGCGAGGAUUCAAGAAUUGAAACAAUUUGUUCAUUGAAUAUAUGGAGAGCUAGAACGCCAUGCAAAAGUAGUGGAACAGCUACAUAUUUAAGCAUAAAUGCGGCAAGAAUAUACUGUGAGCUUUUAUUUUGGAUUACAUCUGAACACAUACAAUAUGUUUCAUGUUGAUACUGCUAUGAAAUAAUGGCAGGAUCAUUACUACAUUUUAGUUUGGCACAGGUGCUUACAGUCAUGCAUUAUAGUAAGCAAUUGUCUUUUUAUUUUUAUUUUUUAAUUUAAAAACAACAGAACUAGGUUGUGCUUGGGUUAAUUGUUUUAAAAUAUUUAUGAUGUGCACUGUGUAUAUACCAGUCCCUCCAGGAUUUUGCGAUUGCAGAAAUGAACGCAAAAUCAAGGAAACGCCACGAUAUUCAAAAUUACCGCAGAUUUUCUGAAGAAUUGGGCCAAGACACAUCAUGUGAAAUCAUCACGAAGCACCAUGCGAUGUCAUUGCGACGUGGAUUCAGCCAAACCCCGCCUUCGAUUCACAUGUGCCGAACGAGUACAGCUAAAAGUUCUCAUUUACCAACAGACAUCACGGUGAAAGAUCAUGCAAAACAAUUUUGUGCAAUUGCAACUUCGCCAAUUCAAGUAGUUUUCAACAAAAAAAUGUUUGUGGAAUUUUUCGGCUGCGACAGUCACUUAAAAAAAUAAACGCUGAAAUCCUACAUGGACUGCUAUACACACCUAAAUGAAUCUAGUUUGUGAAAUGUGCCUAAUUCAGGGAUGUUUGCAUGGGGUUUUAAAACUGUGAUAUUCAACAUUUAGAUGGAAUCCCAUUGCCCAAUUUAGUAAGAAAACGAGCAAACGAUGAAUGUUUUGGCUCUACUUAAUUUGCAUAGGAUUGCAAUUUCAAUCUUGAUGUUAAAUACAAGUACACAAUGCUCACUUGAGCUUACCAGUUUUAUAACUUGGAAACAAAAUCGUUUCCUCAGUUUUAAUGAAACAGCCCAGUGGUCCUUGCUGGAAAAGAUGUUUAAUGGCAGUGACUUUAAGUUGACCACUAUUAUGAUUUAGGCUAUGUUGCUGCACGAGCCCUACCUAUUUCAGACUUUACUUCCAUCAGGGCUUUACUGUUCGUAUUCUAGCAGGUAAAGAUUGUAAACAAAAUGUUGGACAGUAGAUCUCUCGGUCAUAUGUCUGAUGUGAGGUCAUAAAUGCAAAACGGAUUAAAAAUUACUAAGGCAGGCAGAUUAAAUGGAAAACUGGUGAGUCUGUGGGGGGAUUUCGCUGGUAUGGUUAGGUUCCAUGCAUCCUCUUGGAUGGAUUCACUGCAGAUCAGAGUUCUUCUGAUCACCUUUAUCAUAUGACAAAAUAUUUCUGUCAUGAUGUGAUUGGUUUCUUCUAGGAUGAUCCUGUCCACAGGAAACAAUGAUCACUGAAUGGUUUGAUGAUAAAUUAUUUAUAUUAUAUGCUAUGGUCUUCACCAGUGGUUCUCAACCUUUUGUGAGCUCUUUACCCCUAGCAUAUUUCGAACAAUCCACAAGGACCCCCUACUCCACAACAAUCAUAGGCUAUAUAUUUAACAGUCAUUUCUAUACAUGUUACUUUUAUUUUAUUAAUAUUUAACAUUAAUAAUAUUAACAUUGGACGUUUAAAAUUGAAUCAGAAGAUUUCGGGAUUGAUUUAUUUUUUCAAAUUUUUUAUUGUUGGUGUGACAUUUAAUUUGAGACUAUUUUGUUUAUUUUUUUACCUGUCAAUGCGACACUUGAACUUGUCUACCACUCAUAAGGUCAUAGAUUUUUGCAAAUGAUCUUUUCAUUUGUAAAUAAAUUUCAAAUAAAUCCAUCGAUGAACGAU